AUGGCGCAGGAGGUGGUCGAGGCUUGCGCUCAGCAGCAGUGGUCGCGCGCCGUUAAGCUGCUGACUGCGCAAAUAACGGAGGCGGAAGAGGCCAGCAGGAGUCCAGCCGAAGUCGCGAUGUUCCUCUGCAAUCGCGCGUGGUGCUAUCUGCACUUGGAUCUCAACAAGCACGCGCUCAAGGACGCUAUGAGGGCCACGCAGCUCGCUCCAAACCAGCCUCUCGCCUUCAUGCGCCAAGGUGCGGCGUGGCUGGCGUUGGGCAAGAACGACGAAGCCAAGGCCGCCUUCACCCAAGGCUACCAAGCCGCAACCACCACCGGCAGUAGCGCUGCCGCCACCACUCCCCUCCCCGCGUCCUCCUGCGUUGACCUUGAGUUCGCGCUGCGCCUGCACACGCUCUCCCUCGACCCCUCCUCCCCGCUAUCCCCAACGCCCAAGCUCGCUUCUCCCUCUCAGCAGACUCCCUCUGCAAACGCGUCUCCUGCGUCUCCUUCCUCUGCGUAUCCCCCUCGCACACCGUCUCCCUCGUCCUCACAUCGCGCUCCUGCUGCCACUUCUGCUGCCCAGAAUGGGUGUGUGAUUGUAGAGACGGGCUCUGGGGAUGCAUCAUCACGUAGUGCAAAAGAGAAGGGGGCCAAUGGGGAGGUUGCAACUGUGGAGGCGCGGGGAGAUGCUUCACCUAAGGAGCAGAAGAAAGAGGGGAAGAAGAAGGGGGGUCGAGAAGGAGAGAGAAGGGAAGGGAGUGGCGGAGGCGAGGACAGAGGGAAAGGGAGCAGUGGCGGAGGGAAGGGGUUGGGAGGAGCACGCGGCAGCCUGGCAUUGGAUUUGUUGAUUUCCCUUGGGAUCAACCAAGUUCUGGAGACAGACGGACGGGCGCUGGGUGCGCUGGUGGGGCGGGGCACAGCACGGGCUCUGCAGCGCAAGCUCAAAGAGGCCGUGGCUGAUUUCACUGCUGCGAUUGAGAUUGAGCCGCGGGCAGCAGAGGCGUGGAAGCGGCGAGCGCAGGCGAGGGCUGCUCUGGGGCAGAUGGACGAGGGCUUGGCGCUGACGGGCACAGGGGCGUGCAUGGAGGGCGUUGCGGCGUACAAGAAGGCUGUGGCCCUGCGCGCAGAUUUCAAGGAUGCGUGGGUUAACAUGGGGCAGGCUUAUAAGGAGUACGGCGAUGCAGAAAACGCAGCCAAGUGCUACCAGAAGGCAUUGGACGCGGACUCAAGCUUUGCCACGGUGUACCGCUACUGGGCGCUGCUCAAGCACGGCGUGGGCGACCACAGCUUUGCGACGGUGUACCGCUACUGGGCGCUGCUCAAGCAUGGCGUGGGCGACCACAGAGGCGCGUCCCAGAUGGCGCAAAAGGGGCUGAGGUUGGAGAGGAGCAACAUCGAGCUCAUGUACUCGUAUGCCUCCUCCGAGCAUGCCGUGGGGGAAUACGCCACUGCCGUGCGCACGUAUGAUGAGAUGCUGGGCGUGGAGACAGACUCGGAGUCGAAGCUGCUGCAGUUCCUCGGCUUCUACCAGCGCGAGAUUGCUCUCUACACUCUCUCCAAGCACUCCCACCCGCUCGCCCACUUCAGCCUUGACAGAGACCUCGACCCCUUCUUCAAGCCGCUCUCCCACUUCAGCCUCGACAGGGACCUUGAACCCUUCUUCAAGCCGCUCGCCCACUUCAGCCUCGACAGGGACCUUGACCCCUUCUUCAAGGAAGCGUGGUGCAAGAAGCUUCCCCCCACGCUGCUCUUCCCAGGCUACACCACCCAGCCAGUCCCACCCUCCAUCGCCGUGCGUCUGGGCAAGAAAGCCUCCUCUGCUGCAGGGGGCAGCAGCAGCGGCGGUGGCAGCAGCGGCAGUGGCGGCGGUGGUGGCGGUGGGGGCGGCAAGAGCGGUGGGAAUCCCGAGGUGCAGAGGCUGCUGGAACUAGCUGAUCGGAUAGGCCGGCUCACGCAGUACUCGUGCCCUGGCUUCCAUGCCAACGUCCGCCAGCAUCGCAUGGCGGGCCUUGCUGCCAUAGAAAUCGCCCAGGCUGUAGCAGCCGCUUGGGAACAGCGCGAGGAGGAGGCUGCUGCUGCUACAGCUGCUGCCGCUGCUGCUACAGCUGCUGGUAGCGCAUCUCCUGCUUCCGCUGCAGCAGCAGCCGUUCUUGCUGAGCUGGAGGAUGGAGGCACUGACAUGUCGUCCUUCUCCAAGUCAUCAUCUGCUGACGUGUCAUUGUCUCCUGUGCCUUCCUCUGAUGACGUGUCAUCACUUCAUUUGGACGAUUCUCUGAUGGAUGAUGGGGGUAGCAGCAGUGGAAGCGAGGCAGUGGCAAGCGGAAGCAGAAGUCAGGAGGAGAGGAGGAAGGGAGGGAAAAGUGGUGGGGGAAAAGGAGGGAAGAGCAAGGGCGGAAAGGGAGGAGGGCGGGGGAAAGGAGGAGGUGGAAGCGGAGGGAAAGGUGUCUCUGCAAGCGCAGCAGGGGUUGGGGCAGGCUCAGGCGCAGGGCAAGGGAAGGGGGGUGUGACAACAGAGGGAGUGCAGAUAAAGGGGUGGAGGGAUGCAUACUCCAUUGCUGUGCGGUGGAGGCAGCUGUCAGAGCCGUGUGACCCGGCUGUAUGGGUGGACAUGCUCACGGAGAAAGAGUUUCGAGCGGGCUUUGGGUCUCACACACCCAUACUUAUCGGGCAGACUAAGGUGGUGCGCUACCAUGCUAACUUCGACAGGGCGUUUGCAAUAAUGAAGGAGGAGAUGCUGCGGUCGGGUGCGGUGCACAACGCUGCUAACAACCGAGUGGCCGUUGAUGCACCCGCCCAGAAAGCAGCUGUGGCCUCGGCCAAGGCGUGUGAGGAUCUGUAUCGGGUGGUGGGGGAGGAUUUCUGGAUCGUCACGCCCUGCUACAGCAUGGUGGACCCGGGGAAGGUUCUCGAGGGCACACGACUCACCCUUGUGAAGACCCCCACGGGGUUUGACUUUGCCAUCCGCACGCCCGGCACGCCCUCACGCUGGGCGGACUACGACGCAGAGAUGGCAGCUGCAUGGGAGGACUUGUGCGCAGUGGUGGGGGAGAAGAUGCAGGGGGGGGCAUGGAGGCCGCCUCUUGGUCCUUCUAUGGCACGAUUCCAGCGAGCCGUGCUGCGCCUCGCCUACUACUGGUACAACUUCAUGCCGUUGGCACGGGGAACGGCCAUGGUGGGGUAUGUGGUGACACUGGCUCUCUUCCUCGCGGCCCAACUUCAGGUCACCGCCACCAUCCCGGCCAAACUGCAGGUGGACUGGGAGGCGAUUCUCUCAUCGCGCUUUGAAACCUUUGCCUCGGCAGUCAUGCCAUGGCUCUCCCCCUCAGUCACGCCCCUCACCGACCCCACGCUGCCCUCCUUCCCCUUGCUCACCUCCACCCUGCCCACCGUCGCGUCUGCUGUUGCCGCCCUCUCCUCGCCCCCAACAUCCUCCCGUGCUCCCUCCGCUGCUCGCUCCUAG